AUGGCAGGACAACGGAGCCAGGAGUCAUAUAUUGACGUGAGCAGGCCCAGCCGGAACCCGGGCCCCGAUGGCAUAAUACGGCGAUCCGACCGCACACCCGAUACUCCCCCAGGACUCUCAAGAUACCAACAGAGCGUCUUGCACCAAGGUCGAAUUGAAAUAUUCUUUCUUGACAACAUCAAGAAGUACUCUAAUGACCGAAUCAAGGUGGAACGUGGUGUAGCACCUGCGUCCCUCGAAAUUAACGAAACAGAAGUCAACGACCCUACCGCGUAUCCCCUGACGGUUGAACUGCGACACUUGACAGAAGAGGAGGCAACAGCCAAGCAGCAUGGCGGGGGUGAUGUGUCAGAUGGGCUUUUCCGAAGUACGGGCGAGAUCGUCCAUGCCAAGUAUGUCAUCGGCUGCGACGGCGCUAGUAGUUGGACGCGGCGAACAUUGGGCUUCAAGUUGGAAGGCGAGUCAACCGACUUCAUAUGGGGUGUUAUGGAUAUAAUCCCUUUCACGGACUUCCCGGAUAUUCGCGAACGCACGAUCAUUCACUCUGCCGAGAACGGGAGUCUCAUGGUUAUCCCGCGUGAGAAUAACAUUGUACGGCUGUAUAUCCAACUGGUCGAAGUGAAGCCGGACGCAGCCGGCGCGCGGGCGGAUCGAUCUUCUAUCACACCUAAACAGAUUUUCAACGCUGCCAAAAAAAUCUUUCACCCCUACGAGAUCAACUAUGAUUGGUGCGACUGGUGGACGGCAUACCAGGUUGGCCAACGGGUUGGGACAAAUUUUGACGCCCAUGGCCGUGUAUUCCUUGCCGGGGAUGCCGUUCAUACUCACUCACCCAAAGCCGGCCAAGGAAUGAACGUCUCUAUGCAGGACUGCUACAACCUCUGCUGGAAGAUAGCUUUGGUCACCAAAGGUAUUGCCCAGCCUAGUAUCCUGAAGACCUACCAGAGUGAGCGACGCCGAGUCGCUCAGGAUCUCAUUGAUUUCGAUCAUCGAUUCAGCCGUCUUUUCUCUGGUAGACCUGCGAAGGACAUCAUGGACACGGAGGGCGUGAGCAUGGAUGAUUUCAAAGAGUCGAUCAUGACUGGUCACUUGUUUUUCCAAGGCCUUUCCAUCAACUACGGGCCGAGCAAUCUCGUCACCAAGCCCGGAGACACAGGGAAGCAAGGAGACGGUAGCGAGGUUGCACAGUCAACAAACAUCUCAGCUGAACUGUUUGCCAAGCGACAGGCACUAGCGACUGGUCUUCCCAUCGGUAUGCGAUUUGCAAGCUUCAAGGUCCUGAACCAAUCUGAUGGGCGGCCAUGGCACUUCCAAGAAAGACUCAAGUCUGACGGACGUUUUCGCGUCGUCCUUUUCGCAGGAAACAUUCUGGAUCCGGCCCAGAAAACCCGAGUCGACGAGUUCUGCGCCUCGCUGGAUGCGCCUAAUAGCUUUCUCCGCAGAACCAAGGGCGAGCGCAUCGAUAGCGUGAUAGAAGUGCUCACGGUUCACUCUGCCAGGAGGCAUAGCGUCGAGUUGCUCAGGGACUUCCCCGAGGUCCUGCACCCAUUCGACAACAAAUUUGGCUGGAGCUACGACAGGGUCUACACCGACGACAUCAGCGUACAUGAGGGCUUCGACGAUGCGUACAAGAACUAUGGUAUCGAUAAGGAGAGAGGCUGCGUCGUGAUUGCGAGACCCGACCAAAUCGUUGCCUGGGUUGGUGAGCUAGAGGAUUUCGACGAUUUGCAGGCAUACUUCGAAGCUUGUCUAGUCCUUCCAGAAUCAACCGACGGAGUCAACGGCAAUAGCCCUUGA